UGGCUAAAACCCUAGAUAGGUCGCUAACGCGUGCCCGAUGGUGCCCGUUCACUCCUGGCGAUCCUGAAAUCCCAGCCCCGGUCGCUUUUCUUGCCUCCCCGCCUCUGUUCUUGUCCGUCUUACGGCCCAGAAAGGGAGAGGAGAGCGGAGUCGGUGAUGGAGGAAGCGAAGAAGCGAAAACUCGAGGAAACCGGCAACGGAGACGUCUUCUCGCCCCAAUCCGAAGGCCAACUGCGUAAUCUCCUGGACCCGCUCCGGAAAGACCAGCUCGUCGAUCUCCUCGUCAAAUUAGGUACCCAGUAUUCUACAGUUGCUGAAGAAAUUAAAGGUGUUGCCUGUUCAGAUCCUGUUCAUCGCAAGCUUUUUGUUCGUGGCUUGGCUUGGGAGACUACCUCAGAGACCCUGUGUGCCGCAUUUAGUAUGCAUGGAGAAAUUGAAGAGGGAGCUGUCAUUUUUGAUAAGGCAACUGGAAAAUCUCGUGGAUAUGGUUUCAUUACUUUUCGGCAUAUGGAAUCUGCUCAGAAGGCAUUGCAAGAACCCAGCAAGAUGAUUGAUGGCCGUUUGGCAGUCUGUAAUCUUGCUUGUGAAAGCUUAAGCAGUGCAUCUGUCAGCACUGAUGUAGCACUGAGAAAGAUAUAUAUUGGAGGCCUGUCACCAGACAUAUCGAGUGAAACUUUGCUUAGUUUCUUUGGUAGGCACGGGGAUAUAGAAGAAGGCUCAGUUGCUUAUGAUAAAGACACUAACAAAUCUCGAGGAUUUGGUUUUGUUACAUACAAGACAGCCGAGGCAGCAAAGAAGGCCAUAGAUGACCCAAAUAAGACUCUUGGGGGAAGGAACAUUACGGUGAAGCUUGCGGAUACCCAUAAGAGUAAGGUAAUACAAGCACAAGUGCCGGCAGCAAUGGUUCCAAUGGCUGUACCUUUUCCAGCAGGAUUUGCACAAUCUGGAAAGUCACAGUCUGCAAGCCCAUCUCCUGUAGGCUAUGCUCCUUAUUUACCUGCCAUGUCAGCAUACCCCACUGCUUACCCAAAUGCCCCUGCUCAGUAUGCAUCACCACCUCAGAUUUCAUAUCCACAAGUUGGUGGAAAAAAGGAACCAGUUGGACUGCCAUCAGCAGCGCCUCCUGGAAUUCCAGGGUACCCAUAUUAUGCAACAAAACCAUAGAAGACAAAUCUUGCAGUGCUUAUCCCUAGUUGGCAUAAGGGUUAAAAGAAACAAGCUGAAGCAUUGAAGACCUCUUUUUGUUUUUUUUUUUUUGGGUGUCAGAUAUAUUGGCUAUAGAUUAUGGCAAUGACUUGUAGUUCAUGACCCCUAUAUCAGAAGCAACCAGCUUCCGGGACAGGUAGAAUUGCUAAAUAGUUUUAUUUUGGAUGACACUAGGGUGUACCUGCUGAGUAUAAAUCGGUUUAUUUUUUUAAGGUGUCUAUUUGUGUUGCUCUAUUA